GGCAGACGAGGUCAGGUACUGUGUUUUAAUUUUAGAUAGAUAUAAUAGAUCUUGAAACAUCUUUCAAUGAACAGAUCUGUGUUAUUCAAAGUUUAGUUCUCAUAUCUUCGUAAAUCAGUUGUACAUUGAAAGACUUAGUUUAUGUAGGAUACACGAAAAUAGAAUGACUUCCAAAGAGAUUAAUUCUAGUAUGGAGGACCGUUUGUCCCUAGCCAAAGAGUGGAUUGAUAGAAUUCUUAAUAUGGAGGAGUUAUUCAUCUGUGCCAUCUGCCACGGCACGAUCGACGUUCAACAUCCAAUGCAUUGCCCUCACUGUUCGAAGAUGUUUUGUGGGGAAUGCAUCGAUCAGUGGUUGAUCAGCCGUUCAAUUCAGGCUAUUGUGAAGCGAUGUCCUUGCUGCCAAGCGCAGGUGGAGCCAAAAAAUUUUGUGUGCUGUCGCGUUUACCAAGAAGUUGAUGAAAUGAUCGAUCGCCUGAGAGAAAAUCUCGAUGAGAUGCUUCAGUUGGUUAGUAAAACCGUUACGCUUUGCGUAGAACAUGGAAAAGAAUUGCUGCUAUUCUGCGAAACUUGUAAGGGCUGUAUGUGCAUUAAAUGCCUAUUCAGUGAUCAGCACCGGAAUCACAAAGAAAAAAUACUAGAUUUGGACCAUGCUCGCGAAAAAUUCAAAUCAAUCAUCCAAAAGGAUGCAUCGUUUCUGAGCGGUAGACUAAAGGCGUUGAAAAAAGCAAGCGACCAGAUUGAGUCCAAUGAGUGCGACAUGAUGGAUGCUAAUGAGCACAUUGUAGAUGAACUGAAUCAUGCCACAGAACGGAUUAUAGAUAAACUACGAGAGGAAAUGAACGAACGAUUUCGGCAGUAUGUUGAACCGGUCAAAAGUGUUACCAAACAGCAGCAAAAUGAAGUGGAGAGUGUAAUCGAGAAAGUGAAUGAGUUAGCCAACGAAACAACUAGUCCCGAAAUCAUGAUGGAAACGUUUCAUAUGGCGGAUGUUAUUAAAAAAAUGCACAAAGAACCAUUGCCAAUGCUGCAAUUACCAGGCACGAACUUCAUAAACCCAAUCACACCGCCAAUGGUUGAAUUGCAAUUUUUUAUGCGAAAUUUUUCGAAAACUAUAUUUCUUGAAAACAAUAUUACUUCGGGAAAAAAAUCUAUCGAUGGAUUCGUAGUGCAGCUAAAGGGUCACCAAGAGCAAGAUGACAACGGAAAUGAUGUUAUCAAGCUGUCCUUGAUGGUGCUAGAUGGAUACGAUGUGCACGAUGUCAAAGUGAUUUGCUAUCCGGUGAAAAGAACAUCGGUAGAACCGUUGGCUCGGCGUAUGGAUUUAAAGACGCAUGAGAGCAAUACGGUGUUGGAGUUUGGUAAUUUCCAGGCAAUGGAAGGAUUUCUGGAGGAAAGUAGUGAUGAGUUGCAUCUUCGUAUGAAAUUUCGUCUUUGGUCUACGUACUACGAUAAAUGUGCGCAUAAGGACUGGUACAUAGCAAAACUUACGAGUCGGAAGUAGAAACUCGUGCGGAAAUGCAUCGCUGGACGACUGAGCGAGAAAUGCUGUUGCUGAAUAUUGCAGUGCGUUUUAAUGACUGUCAAUUUUUUAUUUACACAUUUUCAGUGAACUAAAUAUGUAUAUUUGUCAUUUUUGUGGAAGUGUUUAUGGGUGACUUGACUAUUCGGAAGUAGCUCCUUUCUAGAAGCAGUAUUUUUAGAGUAUAACUUGAUUUCAAUUUUUCUUGGGCUUCCAUUUCCAUCGCCCGGCUUGAUGAGUAUUUGAUGUACAUUGAAUUAUCAUAUAAACCUGACUUAACAAGCGAUAAAGAAAAAAAUUAGGCUUCUCCAGCAUCAUAUCGGACAUUGGUAACACGAUCAUUAUCGCUGGCUCAUCAAUCUUUAGUUUGUAAAUUAUAUUAGUCGAUGACCAAACACAUUCAUAUCAGUUGUAUCGAUAUCCGGUUUUCGGUGCCGGUAGUACCGGAAAUAGUGAUCAUACUUUCGAUUGGAAUACACUACGACUUCUCAAAUAAGUAUAGAAA